AUGUACCAGAAUUUCACGGAUGUGCUGAAUGUACUGGAAAUAUGUUUACAUUGCAAUCGUACGGCUCAUAUACUGUGCUUAGGUGCAUGUGUGCCUUUAGACAACCUUGAUUUCUAUCAAAUCGAUGCCUUCACGACUGAGCCAUUCCUGGGAAACCCUGCAGUCGUUUGUAUUCUCGAGAAUAAUGACGAUUUGAGUGAAGAAACGAAACAAAAAAUCGCGUCAGAAGUGAAUCAACCGAUGACUGCAUUUGUUUCGCGCAAAUGGACACAGAAUUCAGUGAAUUCUGACAAGAAUUCAUAUAAAAUACAAUUCUUUACACCGACUCAAGAGUUUUAUCUGUGCGGACACGCCACUGUUGGAUCUGUACUCGUCCUUAAGACUCGAGACACAAAUGGCGCCACAAAUGACAAAUCGGUCGCUAAUUAUCACUUCGAGACCAAAGCUGGUGAACCCAUAGACUCCAGUUAUGAUGAAAAUGAUUUGAUCACAAUUUCAUUCCCACUUCCGACUCAAUACAAACCCAUUGAUCUGAAUGACAAAUGGACUCAAAAUAUAGUUGCUUUCACUUUAGGCUCAAAAUUGGGCAUCAAUUCUGUGGAGGAAGUGGUGAUUUCAAACAAAUUUGUGUUGAUUCGACUCAAGGACUCGGAUGAAAUCAAUUUACAUAAAGUUGUGCCAAAUUUCGAUGAACUGAAUCAAAUGAGUGACCGAAAGGGUGUCCGCAACGGCAUAAUUGUCACACAAAAGUGUGACUUCAAUAGGGAUGGCAUACACUUCUAUUCGCGAGUGUUUCUCAGCUGGGCUGGAGUCAAUGAGGAUCCGGUUUGCGGGUCAGCUCACACUCAACUCAUGCCCUACUGGAGCCAAAUACUGGAGGCAAAGGCUGGACAGACAUUAAUUGGCAAACAGGUCUCACAAAGACCUGGUAUUGUUCGGUGCCGUCUGAAUGGCGAUCGCGUCGAGUUAAGCGGAAAUGCAGUCAUUGUAUUGAAGGGUAGCCUUAUUUUAUAGAAACUUUAUGCAAAAUAAAUU